GGACUUUCAAGGAAGCCUGGAGGGGUCGAGGGGAGGCUAUACAAGUGCGUGUUUCCUCCUAGCUUCCUCUAUAAAGGGCAGAGGGAGGUUGGGGUGCCCUGCAAAGAACCAGGCCCAUUGAACCUAGCCGUUCUCCUCCUGCAUCUCAGUUUUGCUCUCCUGAACAUGGCAGGCCUCACAACAACAGUAGCCAGCCUCCUGCUCCUGGUCCUGUGUACCCAUUGUAUUGCCCUUGCAGGCUCUGUGGUCAUACCCUCUUACUGUUGUAUGUCCUUCACUUCCAAAAAAAUUCCUGAGAGCCGAGUGGUAAGCUUCCAGCUGUCCAAUGGGAGCAUCUGCCCCAAGGCAGGAGUGAUCUUCACCACCAAAAAGGGCCUGAAGUUCUGUGGUACCCCGAAGGAGCAGUGGGUCCAGAUGUACGUGAAGAACCUGAACGCCAAGGUGAAGAAGGUCUCCUCUGGUGCCAGGGCAAUGCGUGCCCAAGUCCAUCUCCAGAGACUCCCUACUAACAUAUUCAUCUCAUCAUCACCUGGCCCCCUGUCCUAAGGUUGCGUCUGGAUCUCCAUUCUUCGCCAGGCUGCUUGGGGCCUGGUGAGCCAGCAUUCCCCGCAUUGCUUGCAGGGAUGUGUCUAGUCUAUAAAAACUCCUGGGGACUGAGCAACAGCUCCACGCAUCCUGGGCCCCUGGCCUUCCCUGAGCUGGGGGAGAAUGUCCUUUGUCUUCCUUCUGAGGUGGAGCUGGCCCUUCUCUGCCUUCCAUGCUCUAUCAGAGCCCAGGUGCUUGAGGCCCAACCUGUAGACAAGCCAGCUCGCACCUUUGCCUGCCACUGGCUUCUCUGGGCCCUCUGGUCUUACAGCUGCAGUGUGUGGGGGGUGGGGGUGGGGUGCGGAAGAACCUACAGGCUGCCUAUCUGUCUAUCUGGGGAUGGGUGACCUGCCAACAGCUGCAGUUCUCCAUCAUGUGGGGGAUGCCCCAGGCUUGUCUUUCUGCCAGCACUCUGAGUGAAUAAAAACCCAACAAAAGCAAGGGGCCCUUUGUGGCAUUCACUGCCGGAUUCUGGCCCUCCUUGCACGCUUCUUAUGGGAUAUGAUUAAUAGAGUUUUCAGGAACUCAUUUGUUUUUGUAACAAAAUGGGCAUGGACGAUCAGGAUGAGGGGCCAGCCUGGGUAGUUUCAUUCCUUUGUGAAGAUAUAGCUUCGAGGAGAUGCCCCACUUUGUGACAUGCCUUGCUCCAUGCUGCUUUGGGGACAAAAAUGGGAAGAUGGGGAGGGGGGUGAGGGAGGAGAAAGACCCCAGCUUUUUUUUCCCUAUGCAUAAGAUACCACGUAAUUUAUAUGUUAAGAGUGUGGACACACUUGCUGCUGUCAGGUAACAAUCCAAGUAAAAUGAUUUCUCCCUUGAAGGUGGUUGUGUCCUGC